UUAACUUUAUAUUUCGUGUUAGAAUGAAUCUAGUUAUGUAUAUAGUUAUGACUACUUUUAACUCAUCAGUUUACUCAGUAUGACAAGUGUUCAUGACACUGUGUGAAUGUUUUUUUGUUUUGUUUUUUUUGGAGUCAAAUAGUAAUUUCUGAUUAAUUUUUCCCACCAAAGUUGUUGAGCCAAUUUUUUCCAUCUGCUCCUUGGAGCCUGUAGCUGUACUCAGAGUGGUUCAGGUGCUCGGGGCUGGAAAUGGCCGCUUCAUAACACAGACAGGCAUUUGUGCUGAUGACCAUACAUGAGAGACACCAUGCUGUUUAGUUGGCAAAAUUGAAGUUAGUUACAAUAUGUCAAAAUUAGUGCCAAAGGUAAACUAAAAUAUGAAAUUUCAAGAGAUUAAGUCAGGGAUUGCUUUAAGCUUUAACCUCUUUCAUAAGUAUUAAACUGCCAGGACAGUUUAUCCAUAUACAAGUUAAACCAGAGUAUAAUGUCCCAUCCUGCCUUACCCCAAAGCUGAAUUACAUUUGUAUGUCUUAUACAACCUCUCCUGAGCUCCAGUCAUGAAUCCUGACCUACAAAGCCAGUCAAACAAGUGGCAGUAAUAAUUUAUGUACUUGGCAUACUGAUGUUUUUAUGAAAUAACCCUGUAUGGUUGGCUGUUAAUGUGUCUUAUUUGGUAGCUCCUUUGUAACCCACAUAAUAUCAUCAGUCUGCAGAGAGCACCUUAUACACGAGUCUGAUUCUAUUUACAGUACAGCUCUUAGUACUGUCUCUCACAGGCAUGUGUUUUUUGCUGCAUACUAUGAAGUGCAGGCAAUAUGACUGGUGCUGAGUCACACAUACCCCACAAAAAUGACACUGGACAUUAUCUCCCUGAGUGUUUCCAAGGCUGGAUCAAUAUUGCUACAUGCAAAUCAGCUUACAUGAUUAUGUGGUAAAAAAGUUUUACACUUUGAACUGCUAUUUAAAGAAAAGAAAGAGUUUUGUCAUGCUUCGCUUACAGGUACUCCAUGGACGAUUUGUUCAGGCUUUCCCUUUUUCCUUUGGCUCACUGCGGUUCACCAGCUCCUUUAAGGCAGCAGAUAUCACCAUCGAACGCAACACGGCAUGCAAGCCGAAGCCUGACCCCUCAACACUGCUCUUUGGCAAACAGUUCUCCGACCACAUGUUGACCAUCAACUGGUCGGAGAAGGACGGCUGGGAAGCUCCUCAGAUCAAACCUUUCCAGAAUUUGUCACUGCACCCAGCCAGCUCUGCCCUGCACUACUCCAUAGAGCUGUUUGAAGGCAUGAAGGCGUACCGUGGAGUCGACAACCACAUCCGUCUGUUCAGACCCAUGCUGAACAUGGAGAGGAUGCAUCGGAGUGCAAACAGGAGCAGCCUUCCUCUGUUUGAUAAAGGGGAACUGCUGGAGUGCAUCAAGAAGCUGGUCGACAUCGACCAGGAGUGGGUGCCCUAUUCCCAGGAGGCCAGCCUCUACAUCAGACCUACUUACAUUGGAACUGAGCCGUCUCUUGGCGUGUCUCGUCCGGGAAAAGCUAUGAUCUUCGUCAUCAUCAGCCCUGUUGGGCCCUACUUUGCAACAGGGUCCUUUAACCCAGUUUCCCUGCUAGCAGACCCUGCGUUUGUGAGAGCUUGGAAAGGAGGCGUUGGGGCCUACAAGAUGGGAGGUAACUACGGUCCCACAAUAGCAGUGCAGAGUGAGGCAGCGAGGCGAGGUUGUCAGCAGGUCCUGUGGCUGUAUGGAGAGGAUGAGCAGAUCACUGAGGUCGGCACCAUGAACCUCUUCAUCUACUGGACCAACAAGGAAGGAGAGAAAGAGCUGGUGACACCUCCUCUGGAUGGCAUUAUUCUCCCAGGAGUGACCAGACAGUCACUGCUGGACCUGGGCAGAUCCUGGGGAGAGUUUAAAGUCACGGAGCGCACUAUGGAUAUGAAGGAGCUGCUCGGAGCUCUGGAUGCUGGAAGAGUCCUGGAGGUGUUCGGUGCAGGGACGGCCUGCGUCGUCUGCCCCGUCGGCAGCCUGCUCUACCAAGGAAAGACAUAUCAGAUCCCCACCAUGCAGAACGGUCCAGACCUGGCAAAGAGGUUCUACAAAGAGCUUACUGAUAUUCAGUAUGGACGCACACCAAGCGAAUGGGCUCCACUGGUGGUUUAAACAGCUAUUUUGCACAUGCCAGUUGUAUCAACGUUCAGUCUCAUUAUUUCACUUUCAAAGACCAGCAGCGACCCUCCCCACUCCCUCUGACUAAUGCACACCUGCCCGGGACGCGGAUGCCUCUCUCCCUCUUGUCUUCUCCGACAGCUUUUACAGAUGUUACUUUCUCGGAAAAACGGUUAUUGGUUUGAAUGUCACAACCCACUUUGGAGGCAGUCCUAACAGCAAUAUUUUAUGAUAUCGAGCAUUAAGAAAAACAUUUUAAUUAACCCUGCAUUAACAACAGGCACAAAACUGACAUAUUUCAGGUGUUGUAGGUGAGAUAUUCACAAACUACAGGUUUGUAGUUGGUGGUUAAGGACUUUGGUAGUUACUGUUACUUAUCAACAAGUCCAUUAAGGUGUUUUCCACGUCAGGAAAGCUGAUAUUAACUUGUGGCAUUUAACCUAAAACUUUAACUGUUACAUGUGUGUAGCCUAAACUGGAAUAGACAACCUGUAAAGUUGUGUUUUGUUACGUGUACAUAGCGAACUGAGCUGCAGGUUGUCGUGGGGCCGCGUCACUUGGACACCGGAGUUUGCACUGACCUUGGUCGUUAACAUCUGAGCGUGACUCAGCUUUUAGAAAAAGAAUCAUGAGAGGUUUUAAUGUUUGUUGGUUUUAUUUGUAAAGACUUUGACAGCACAAAAAAAAACACAAAGGGGAUGUCUGAGCCGACAUCAGCACGCACAAAUGGAGGGGCUGCAGGUGAGAGGAACCGUUAGAUGCUGGCAGCCACUCCUGCACUCACUAGUGUGAAAAAUAAUGUACAGUAGCAAAUAGCCUGUGUUGUUAUUUUAGAGGGUUUUAAAUUAUUUCUUUUCCUCGUCGUGAUGUGAAAUUUGACUGACUGUCUUCCAAAGCACUCGACUGUGUCAUCAUGUGUUUAGCUGUGGCUUUCUCUCUUUGAAUGUACUUUAUUUGUACAUAGUGCUCACCUGUCCCCGCCUCCUUCUGUCUAAGUGCCUGAUCUUCUUCAUCUGUCCAUCUAAAGCUGCUGAUUUUGUUUUUAGGGGAUGUAGCUGGAUAGUUCAAGCAGUAUCUGUUUAGUUUUUUUUAAACGUGCUGUUACUUUCAUUUGGCUGUUAUCUUUUUACAAUAAACCCAACUUAAGUUCAAGAAACCA